AUGCUGCCUUGCCUUGCCCUGCUUCUCCUGAAAGAGCUGUCCGUGUGCACUGUGGCAGGUGAUGGUGGAGAGGAACAGACACUCAGCACUGAAGCAGAGACCUGGGUAAUUGUGGCCUUGGAGGAAGGCGCUGGCCCCAGCAUUCAGCUCCAGCUGCAGGAGGUGAAGACGGGCAAGGCAAGCCAGUUCUUUGGGCUGAUGGGGAAGCGAGUGGGGGGUGAGUGA